AGCUAGAGCACUUACCAUACAUAGAAGCACCAUGUCGAAUUUCACCUUUGAUUUUGACCUCGACGAUGACCUCGACGAUCAAUUUGACUUUGCAGUAAAAUCCACAGCAGAGCCCACAAAAAGCGCGACGAAAGUAGAAGAAGAAUAUGAACCCUUUGUUGAAGUGCCCAUCGCAGAGCUCCUCGCAUCACUGCCAGAGAGCAUCUCAUACUCACCACUCGUGAUUCAGCUAACAUCUCCCUCAUCCGAAACCUUGCAAAACGAGACUACACCGUCCGUAGUACUUUCCCGCCGGGACCUCUUCGAUGCCCGUCUUCAACUCAUCGCCUCGAGCACGGAAGAGCAAGAAAACGAAGAAGGAAGAGUCAGCGGACUUGACUUCAUAGAGGCACCUUCGGAUCUUGUUCCUGGGGUGUAUGAAGGUGGGCUGAAGACGUGGGAAUGCAGUAUGGAUUUGGUGGACCAUUUGCACGAUAGUAUUCAUGGUGCUGGUGAGGCUGGUAAGGGUUCGAUCGGGACAGUGAGAGGGAAGAGAGUACUUGAGAUUGGAUGUGGGACGGCUGUUCCAUCGCUAUACCUCAUGCAAGAAUUAUUCACCAAUCUCGUCUGCGAAAAUGGCUCUGAUUCCAAUCACCCCGUCGUCGCCACACAUUUCCACCUACAAGACUACAACCGCUCCGUCAUAGAGCUCGUCACACUCCCCAAUAUCAUACUCGCAUGGUACAUGUCCCCCCUCUCCGCAUCCUACCGCUUCACUCUCCCACCUCCUACCCAAAACUCCGAAGAAGACUCUGAAGAAACACAAAUCGACCACCCCAACCCCUCCUCAUCCACUCCCGGCGAACUCACAUUCACACCCUCACUCCUCACCGCGUUCACAUCCAGCCUGUUCCAACAUAACAUCCAUAUCCGCUUCUUCAUAGGAUCAUGGGACGGGUUCAACGUCGGUUCAUUGUGGCGCUCUACUCCUUUGAAAUCGGACGACGCGGGGAAAGGGCCAUAUUACGAUAUAGUCCUAACAUCGGAGACGAUCUAUCGCAGCGAGAGUCUACAGGCUUUGCUGCGCGUCCUGCGCUCCGCGUCGUCUGGUACCACAGAAAAGACGCUGGAGGAACGCGCCGCAGACCUAUCGCUAGAUGGUGUGGCCAGCGGCGCUGGUUCAAAGAGAGGUGAUGUAGAGGAUGAAGGCGGACAUGGACAGGGAAUAUGUCUCGUAGCAGCGAAGGUGUUGUACUUCGGAGUAGGCGGCGGCGUGCAAGAUUUCAUCAGGGCGGUCGAGGACAGCCAAAGUCCUCAGAACGAGAGCGAGGGCAGGAGUAAAGGCAGCGUACAGACUGUUUGGGAGAGGAAGGAAGGCGUUGGGAGGAAGAUCAUGCGGGCUAGAUGGCGAUGAAUUCGAGUGUCGCUGUCUCUUUCAUUAUAACGUGUAUGUUGGUCGACGUAGGUCCAGAUAUGCCAAGUAGACUCGCAUUUCGAAAAAUCGAGCGAGCAAUUCGAUCGAGUCCUCGUAGGUCCCUCCGGGUCAACCUCGUACCAUCAAGACCGGUUCGGCAGAGCGAAGGAGUGUGUCCUGAGCGCAUGGAAUAUGCACAGAACUGUGGGUCAGCGUACAGUUAUGUGCGAUGACCCAGGGUUUUGUGAGAAGUCGAGGUGCGACGACACCUUUGAAAAUCGUUGUAAAUUUUAGGAGGCUUUAAGAAGGCUUGGAUGGCUCGCGCUCUGCCUCGUACCGUCGAGUUCCUGCCAACUUGAACAUGUUUACUUCUCGUCAGAUCGGCGGCCAACUGAACCGCGAUAAGAGCAAUGUGGCGCGGGGAACGCUUCUCACGCCGGAGGCAAAUUCCAAUUCCAUUUCUCCUCCCACCGUUCGAGUGGCCUCGCCGCCUCGGCGUACUCACAGGCCUCCU